GCUGCGUUUCGGCCAUGGCGGGGCAAGAAGGCGGACAGCCGAGAAAUUAUAUCGCGCGCCUCUCCGAAUGGGCGGACGCGCAUCUCUCCCUCAUCCGGAAUAUCAGCACAGGAAUGGCAAUAGCUGGAGUAAUUUUACUUGCAAAGAGUGUGAAACUGACAACCAAAUUCACAAAUGCUCUGGAAAUACCAAUAGAAUUUAUAGAGAAGAAUGUUAAACUGCGGGGACGAUUACACCAGAUAACUGAGCAAGGAUUAGAAAUUGAACAUAUUCCCAUUGUCAUUCCGAUAAUUUCAUCACUGCAGAGGAGAUGGCAUACAGAUGGUUUAUUGCUGGUCAGGCUUGCUGGUGUGCAGCUGACACCAGAUGGUACAAUCUGGUUAAAAGAAGAGUUAAAACCCUCCCAAAUGAUGUGGUUCCAGCUUCUUGGAAGGAAGGAUUCAAUACUUGAUUGCCUUGUGGUAGUAAAUAAGGGUAGGUUUUCGAGCAUCUGUCUGAAUGAAGAAAUCCUGAGACAAGGGCUUGGCAGGACUGCUCGGGUGGAAGGGCUGACUCAUGAAUCUCAGAUCUACUGGAAGCUUCACAAGAGGCUACUACAAGCUGAACUGAAGGCUGUGAAAAGAAAUAAAGGGAUCUGGAAAGAAGCAACAUUCCUCGAGAAACUUAGAGAGCAGCUAAAUGAUAAUAAAUUCAUGCAGAAGUUAAAACAGUUUGCAACGUGGCUAAGAAUCCGCCUCUGAAAUGAAAAGGUUUUGUUGUUUUUAGAAAAAAGGCACCAGAUGGACAAGGAAGCAACUUGUUAUGUUUUCCUUCUGCCAUAAUGAUAUUCCAAGCUGAUGUCUGGCCGUCUGUUGGUGGCUCCUGUCUUAUGGGAAAGAAGAUGGAAAAUAUCACAGACACAUUCCUUGGGGGAAAUGGUUGCAUAUGAUCUGGUUAAGACGUCAGAUUGAUUUGGUGUGAAUAUGAGGGUUUUUUUAAAAUGAAGAACUCAAGACUAGGAUAUAUAAUGGCCGAACAAGAGAAGAAAAAGCUUCACUGAAUAGAGGGGGAGAGAUAAAUAAAGAACUGAAAACACAUCAAAUCUCUAGGCGCUGUACAGCAAUGAAAAAUGAAAGAGUCUGACAGUUUAAAGGUGAGGAAGUGCUGCCUGUAGGCAAGGGCUGGCAAAUAAAGGGCUCUCCUCCAGAUUGCUUAGAGUGUGGACUUGGCUGUUGCUUUCCAGAGAGUAAUUCUAUACUAACCUGCCUCUGGCAUUGUAGAAAGAUGGGAUGUAAGUAUUUUAAAUAAAUAAAUAAGGAAAGGCAACCUGGAGUGGAGCACGUGGCAGCAGGAUUGGAUU